AUGACUAACAGAUACAGGUAUGUAGUUCUAACAACAAAGCAUCACGAAGGCUUCACAAACUGGCCAAGUCCUGUGUCUUGGAAGUGGAACUCUAAGGAUCUGGGGCCCCAUCGUGAUUUGGUUGGUGAGUUGGGAACAGCCAUCCGAAAUAGGAACAUACGCUAUGGACUCUAUCACUCACUCUUAGAAUGGUUCCAUCCUCUCUACCUAUGUGAUAAGAAAAACGGCUUCAAAACACAGCAUUUUGUCCGUGCAAAAACAAUGCCAGAGCUAUAUGACCUUGUUACCUUAAACAGGUACAAACCUGACUUGAUUUGGUCUGAUGGAGAGUGGGAAUGUCCGGAUACUUAUUGGAACUCUACAAAUUUUCUUGCUUGGCUCUAUAAUGAUAGGCCAGUUAAGGAUGUGGUCAUAGUAAAUGACCUAUGGGGUCAUUACUGUCGCCAUGGAGGAUACGACAACUGUCAAGAUAAAUUCAGGCCAGAGACCUUGCCAGAUCACAAGUGGGAGAUGUGCACCUCAACAGACAAGCUGUCCAGGGGCUAUCGUCACGACAUGGCAAUGGGUGACAUCACAAGUGAAUCUCGAAUCAUUUCGGAACUGAUUCAGACAGUAAGUUUGGGAGGCAACUAUCUUCUCAACAUUGGACCAACUAAAGAUGGACUGAUUGCUCCCAUCUUCCAAGAAAGGCUUCUUGCUGUUGGGGAGUGGCUGAGCAUCAGUGGGGAGGCUAUCUGUGCCUCCAAACCAUGGAGGGUACAAUCUGAAACAAACACCACCUCUGUGUGGUAUACCUCAAAAGGAUCAGCUGUUUAUGCCAUUUGCCUGCACUGGCCAGAAGAUGGAAUCUUAAGCCUUAAAUCCCCCAUAACUACUUCGACUACAGAGUUAACAAAGCUGGGAAUCGAAAACGAUCUGAAGUGGUCCACAAAUCCAGAUAAAGGUCUCCUCAUGUACCUGUCCCAUUUACCACCGUCUGCUCUUCCGACUGAGCUUGCUUGGACUGUAAAGCUGACAGGAGUUCAACAAGAAAGGGACACUGCCUACACUUUGACUUUCCUCUUAUGGUACCAUCACUGUAAUAAACUACACUUGUCUACUCAGACAUCUCUUUUCCAACGCAUUUUAAUAAAAGGAAUGGAUUAUGUUACGCUGAUGUCUCACAGGAUCAAAGAUCUGAGAUCCAUCGCUAGCAUCUCUCUCUCUGAUCAGCAGAAGGGAUUGAACAGUUAAGCUCAUCCUAACUUUGGGAAUUAUCUACGAUGGAAACUUCACUCCUUUCUGUGUUUCAUAACCUGCUUGUUUACUCAAAUGACUUCAGAUCAAGAAUAAGCCAAGUCAUCCUGUUGCCUAUGGGAGGAACUGAAAAGGAUUUGGCAAAAUCCACCACAUGCUAUUUAUUUAGCAUCAAAUGUGAGCAAUUACCCCCACCUACCCCCAGGAGCAAGAGAUACUGCAGGGGAAGGAAAAUGCUUCCUAGGCUGCUAACAGUCAGCUUUUUAGAAGUUUCCAAAGCAAACUAACAGCUCUGAAAUUCAGUCUAUUUACAGUGAUACUAUGAAGAAAAUGAAUGUGAUUCUGUCCU